GUUUAAUAUUACUAGUAGUUACUUGCUGAUAGAGUAGGAAGUAUUCGAGGAUAGUACAGAAAUAUUGUAAGACAGACGUCAGUAACAAAAUGUCGUCCUCUGUGGAACUUAAUCCAAGACCCGUUCGGGUAUCUCCUUUAAUAAAGUUUUCACGAUGGACAUUUCUUACUGUGGGUAUAUUAUAUGGAGCUUAUUUUCAACGUAAAUUUAGUAAAAUAGAAAAUGCUCGUAGAGAGAAAGAAGAAAGAGAGAGACCAGCACGAGAAGCAAGAGAAGCAGUUGAAAGAGCGAUAAAAUUAGAAGCUGAAAAGAAGAUGUUAGAUGACCUCCUACAAACAAAUAAGUAAUUCUAUGUAUACUUGCUAGUGCAUUAUUAAUGGAAACUGUUUUCAUGUAAAUAAUAAUAAUAAAAAUAUUAUAAUAUUCAAUAUUCACCUAUGUAUUGCUCAUUAAAUUAUCUUAAUACAUUAAUAGGAGAGAGAGAGAAAUCUUGUUUUGAAAUAUGUAACCAAUUUACUUGAUUAUUACGAGGAAAAAGUUUUCUUUUUUAUGGAAAAUAUAUAUAUUAUUUAUUUUAUUAAAGAUUAUGCGUAU